CUCGUGCCCCGGCCAUCAUCAUCUUCAUCAUCAUCAGUCGGUAGCAGAGGAGCAGAUGAGGUGUUGGCAGCCGUCGCAGGACGCCACGGUGGUGGAGAUGAGCGCGCGCGGCGUGUGGAUGCUGACGGCGGUGGUUCAGGUCCUAGUUUUGGUUGGUGAGGCUGAACAAUCGUCAACAGUCCAGCAGGCAGCAGUCCUUUGCACACGGGGGUUUACUCAAGAUGACUACACCCUGGAACUUGAUGGAGAGCUGGCUGAGGGACAACCUGUCCUCAACGUGACGUUCAGGGACUGCGAUGGAGGAAGAGUAGCGCUGAAGGUGGAAAACUCUCCUCAUUUCUCUGUCAGUGAUGAGGGUGUGGUCUUCACUCUUCAUCAUCUCCACCUGCUGGAGAAGACCCAGUUGGUGAUCUCUGCUCGAGACCUGCAGUCUGGACUCGUCUGGAAAACCCGAGUCCAUCUCCAGAUUCAUCCACAUGGCAACAGCACCAAACCGCAGAUAAACCCUGGUGAUUUAACACUGACUGAACAAGCACCAGACAUCUUGUUUCCAUGGCGCAGCAUGGUAUCCAAGGGAGAUGGGACUCUACUGCGAGUGAAGAGGGACUGGGUGAUUCCACCCAUCAAUGUCCCGGAAAACUCCAGAGGACAGUUCCCUGAGGAUCUCGUCAGGAUUAGGUCAGACCGGGACAAGAACCGGAUGCUCCGCUAUAGUGUGACGGGCCCUGGGGCUGACCAGCCUCCAACUGGCAUCUUCAUCAUCAACUCCAUCUCUGGCCAGCUGUCGGUCACCAAACCUCUGGACAGAGAACACAUUUCCAACUUCCACCUGCGAGCUCAUGCUGUUGACAUGAAUGGGAAUCAAGUGGAGAACCCCAUUGACAUCGUCAUCAAUGUCAUUGACCAAAACGAUAACAGACCAGAGUUUCUGCACAACGUCUUCAACGGUUCUGUCCCGGAGGGAUCCAAACCCGGAACCUUUGUGAUGACUGUGACAGGAGUGGACAAGGAUGAUCCUAAAACAGCAAAUGGGAUGGUGAGGUACAGGAUCCUCUCCCAGAGUCCCAUGAGCCCGUCGUCCAACAUGUUUACCAUCAACAACCGGACUGGAGACAUCAUCACAGUGGCAGCAGGCCUGGACCGAGAGAAAGUCCCCCAGUACACCCUGAUCCUCCAGGCUACGGAUAUGGAGGGAAGCCCAAUGUACGGCCUCUCCAACACCGCCACCGCCAUCAUCAGGAUCACCGACGUCAACGACAACCCCCCAGAGUUCACCGCUGACCGAUUCUUUGGAGAAGUACACGAGAACCGAGUGAAUGUGAUUGUCGCCAACCUGACGGUGACGGACAAAGACCAGCCCCACACUCAGGCCUGGAGCACAAUCUACCGCAUCGUUUCUGGAGACCCCUCCGGACGCUUCUCCAUUUCCACUGACCCUGCAUCCAACGAGGGCUGGCUCACUAUUGUCAAGCCCGUUGAUUUUGAACAGACCCGUUCCUUCACGCUCAACGUUCAAGCAGAAAACGAGGCGCCUCUGGCCCCCGGCAUCCAACUCUCUCGUCAGUCUACGACUACAGUUUCUGUUCAUGUCCUGGACGUGAACGAGAGUCCAGAGUUCAGCCCCAAUCCCAAAGCUGUCAAGCUGGAGGAAGGUCUGCCUGCUGGAACACAGCUCACCACCUUCACUGCCCUGGAUCCAGAUCGCUUCAUGAGGCAGACUGUGCGGUACUCCAAGGUCUAUGACCCUGCUAGCUGGCUGAAGAUCGACCCUGUAAAGGGAGAGGUUUUAACCAUCGCCGUCCUCGAUCGAGAGUCUCCGUUUGUCAGGAACAACUACUACAAUGCUACCUUCAUUGCUUUUGAUGAUGCCCACCCCCCCGCCAGUGGAACAGGCACUCUUCAGAUUUUUCUCCUGGACGUCAAUGACAACGCGCCUCACGUUUUUCCCCCGGAGGUAGAAAUGUGCGAGAAGCCAGAUCCCAACGCCAUCAACAUCACAGCCAGCGAUCCCGAUCUUAGACCCAACGCUGGACCCUUUGCUUUUGAGCUGGCAAACCAUCCACAGGACGUUCGUCAGAACUGGACCCUCAGUCGCCUCAGUGGGGAGCAUGUACAACUUCGACUGAAGACCGGCGCCUUGGCCAGUGGAAUCUAUCAGGUUCCGAUCAUGAUCACGGAUUCUGGCCACCUGCCCAUGUCAAAGAAGUCCUUCCUGAAGGUCAAGGUCUGCCCGUGUGAUCACCACGGCGACUGUGUGGACAUGGAGAGAAUCAUGGCAAUGGGCCUUGGUACUGGAGCCAUCAUCGGCAUCCUCAUCUGCAUCAUCCUACUGUUGGUGCUGGUCCUGCUCUCUGUGAUGUGGAUGAAGAGGAGGGAUAAGGAGCGGCAGGCCAAGCAGCUCCUCAUCGACCCAGAGGAUGACGUGCGAGACAACAUCCUCAAAUACGAUGAGGAGGGGGGUGGAGAAGAGGACCAGGACUACGAUCUGAGCCAGCUGCAGCAGCCCGACGCUCUGGAAGCAGAAUGCAUCAAAGUGGGGAUCAGACGUCUAGAUGAGAGGCCCCUCCAUCAUGAUCACCAGUACCCCCUUCGCUCUGCUGCCCCCCAUCCAGGAGAUAUAGGAGACUUCAUCCACGAGGGAAUGAAGGCAGCAGACAACGACCCCACCGCCCCCCCGUACGACUCGCUGCUGGUGUUCGACUACGAGGGCAGCGGCUCCUCCGCCGGCUCCCUGAGCUCCCUGCACUCCUCCAGCUGCGGGGACCAAGAUUACGAUUACCUCGGCGAGUGGGGGCCGCGUUUCCGCAAGCUGGCAGAUCUUUACGGCGGAGGCCACGACUAGCCCCUCCCACCAUUAAGAACCACUAUGCCCACGUUCGCUUGACGGUGGCCGGACACACUGGAAGGAGCACCUCUGUAUUUCCACUGGACUGCUUGUCGAGGGGCGGGCUGCAGCUUUGGGAGGUGCCGCUUUGGCGAGCCGUCGGCCUUCUGGACGAGGUUUGAGCAAAUGCAAGUCACCAGAGCGCCGUGUCUGUGACAGCCAUGCUAAAGAUGCUCAUCAACACUUGAAUCUUUCAGUACAGCUGGUCAAAUGUGCCUUUGUACAUUCUCUCAAUUGUGUUCAGUGUUGCUUUAAAGCUCCCAGAGUUUGCAACAUCUGGAGGAGCACUCUGCCAUGACGGUGUGUGUCUGUGUGUUCGGUUUGCACUGCGUUCCUCGAAUGUGUCCGUGAGGAUGAAUGUGAUUCAUAUCUAACACACUGGAUGGAUCCAACUAAAGGGCAAAGUCUAAACUUCAACGCCUUGGAAGAUCCAACCAGCAAAAAUCCGUCUUCAUGCAGCUGUGGGUCACUGGGGUCAGCGAGGUCACCGCUCGUCAGCGGCUCCGGUGAGGGAUUUCAUUUUCUCUGAGAAUCGUCUAAAUUGAUUUAAGCCUUAAAAAUGUGGGAUUAUUGGUUUUAGGUUAAAUGUUAAAUAAAGUAGUGUUUGAAGAUAAAAACAGACGUGUGCCUGCUUAUGAUUUCUUAUUAAACUAGUGAAGAAUCCUGCAGUCUUAAGUUUAUUUUUGUUUGGAACUUGGACCCAUUUCAGAGAUUUUCUUUGUAGAUUUUACCUUUUAAAACCAAUCCAGUAAAAACUUAAUCUUCUAAUUACUCUCAUGGUGUAACUUUAAGUGUGAAGCUGUUGUAAUAACCUGUAAACAAACGAUCUCCAGGACUGCUGUGCCGGGAAACGAUUCUUGUAAUAUUCCAAAUAUGCAGAAUGAAGGAACGCCACGAUAAAGGCAGAAAAACAACUCAAAGCUGAAUGAGGGAAAGGAGGAGGCUCGUUUAAAAAUACCAUCUUAUUUAUUGCUAAACGGAGGAAAACUCCAGUUAGAGGUUAUUCCAUCAGUUUAUUGAUUUCCAUUGAUUCAAUGGGCAAAACCCGCAGAGUUUCAUCUUCCUCUGCUGUUUGGACGCUGAAGCCUUUCAAGCCUGGAUCUUCUGCGGCUCCACAUUCAGACCCAGAGCUGCUCAGAACGGCUCAUUUUUGCUUCUUGGGUUUUCUCAGACUUCACUAGACGUGUACAGUAAUGCUAGAGUUUAGAUGAACCGUUUCCAUCACUAUGUAACUUAUGCAGCUGGUUGCUAAUGGUGGAAGUCCUCAGUCAUGUUUGUAGCAGAGACUGUUGGGUUGUGACCACAUCGGCCUGGUUUCUGCUGCUGGUCUGCCUGUUUGUUCUCUGGCCAGCUAGACACGGAGACAUGUACAGAUUGUAAGUUUCUCUUCUUUUUGCUGUGGAAUACAAAGCAUUGUAAAUGUCAUUUGGAUCACAAAAUAAAAUGGUUUUGCAUGUUUGUAUCUUUUCA